AUGACUGACUGGAACAAAUUGAAGGUCGUUGACCUGAAAGCUGAGCUCAAGAAGCUCGGCCUUGCGCAAACUGGACUCAAGCCAGUCCUUGUCGCUCGACUGACUGCCGCAGAGAAUGAGGAUGGCUCUGAAAGUGAGGCGACUGUCCAAGGCGACCCAGGAAGGCAUGAUGUUGCUACCUCUUCUGACACCGUCUCCCCUAUCCAACAAACUUCCGACCCGAACACAGAAGUCUUUCCAGAUGCGCCCCUUCAGACUACAACCGAACCAAAGCUCAAGUCUCCAGCCCAGAAUACGGCAUCAACAGAUUCUCCCAAAGAACCUUCAAAUGUCGAAAAACAAGCUGGUCCGUUGCUUGCUCAAGCUACAACGAUCAUCGAACUCUCUCAGCCUCCCCCACAAUCGCAAGACAGCCACCAGUCCGCCUUGCCAUCCGCAGACCCACAAGAGAUAAUGGAUGAUAGAUUAAAGCGGAAACGAAGAUCGCAAAGCCCUGCCCCAUCAAUUUCCGAUUCAGCAAGAAAGAGAGCCCGUCAGGAUGAGACUUCAGAAGUCAAUACUGAGAUUGUCACUUCAAAGGAUGAUGCUACAUGGGUUGAGAAGCACAAUGCGGUGGAUUAUGCAGACGUCAAAGCCGAAGCGAUGGAAGUGGCGUCAUCUGGUGAAGCCAUAGAGCCAGGCCCUACAAUUGUUGAUGUUGCAAAGGAGGAAGUUCAAAUACAUGGUGUGCCUGGAGCAAACUUGGACGAAAAGAUAUCUCGGCCCCAAAAUAUGGACUUUGAUGAGGAAAAUAAGACCAAAGAAGUGAGCAGUUUGGAUGAACAGUCUCCUCGAGUGCGCGACUCGCGAUUCAAGGAUCUCUUUCCUACUCAACCGAAAGCACCGUCUCUUGAGAAAUCGCUGUCACGCGACUCUGCAAUUGACGCUAUGGAUAUUGACCGCGUUGUAUCUCCAGCCGUCCAUCCAGCAACCUCAGCUCUCUAUAUCCGCGAUUUCAUGCGACCUUUGAACCCGGGCCAUAAUCCAGAUCCAGAUGUAAUUGUAAACUUCUACCUGGAUCCAAUUCGUACGCACGCGUUUAUCUUACUCACUAGUGUUUCCGCAGCUGUCCGUAUUCGGUCUUCUAUUCAUGAUCUUAUCUGGCCCGAUGAACGAACGCGGAAACCACUCUGGGCCGACUUUGUCCCUGCUGAGAAAGUUGAAGAUUGGAUUCGCGAAGAGCAAUCUACCAUAUCCGGAGGCCGUGCCGCAGGAAAGAAAUGGGAGGUGUACUAUGAUACAAACGAAGACAACAAUGUCACAGCCACUCUCCAAGAAGUCAAUCCCUUCCCGCAAGCACAUCCAGCACCACGGCCUUCAGAUUCUUUACCCUCACCACAAGUACCCACGAAGCCUCGCGGCGUCGAAGGUGCACCUUUGGGACCGCGUGCAGCAACACAAGUUCGAGCUGCUAAUAGCUUCUCAACUUUGGAUCGGCUGUUUGAGGUCACGACGGCCAAGCCUGCUUUGUAUUACAAGCCAGUCUCCAAGGAGUUAGCUAACAGACGUCUCGACAAAAUCGACUUCGUCACUUCCAAGAAGACUGCUGGCCGGCCAAUUGAUGGUGAGAUCAAUCGAUACACCUUUGAAGAUAACGAUGUUCUGGUUGAUCGUGGUCCUGAAAUCUUCACUGGAAUCAGACCGCCACGGGGUUAUCGCGGGGCUGGUCCUGCGUCUCGAGGUUCGCGGGGAGGUGGAUCCUACGGCAGAAGUGCGUAUGGUGGAGGUCGGGGUGGGGGUGGAUCAGAUAGAGGACGUUAUGAUAGCUACAGGGGAGGUAGAAGAAAUUCGAGAGAUGAUAGGCGUUAG